AUGGAGAGCGCCGUCGCCCGGGUGGCCGAGCUGCUCAAGCGGUCCGACGACCUGGACAAGGUCGAGCUCAUCACCCAGCGUCUGCAGCGAGAAAAGGCCGCCAUAGAUGUGCAGCUCAAGGCCGAGGUCAAGUCGCACAUUGACUCGACUGGCGGCGCUGUUAUCAAGCUGGCGGAUUCUAAGCGAAUCAUGGCCGAAAUCAAGGGCGAGCUCAUGAAGAUCGACCGACUGUGUUCCGAGUCGCAGCUGUCCGUGAGGGACUUUGAGAAAAUCAACCGACUUGCCAACAUUCACAGAAACUUCAUCAAGACCCAGGAGUUUGCCGACAACAUGAAAUCGCUUCAUGGUCGUAUCCAGCAGGUCAAUGACAUGAUCGAAGACGAUUGUGGAGACGGCCAGGGAGGCAUCGAGGCCCAGCUGGACUCGCGAGUACCCAACCUGCUCACGAUCCACUACAUGCUCUCCGAAAUGCGCGACUUCCGUGAUUCCGCCAUGUUUCACGCGGAAAAAGCCAGUGAAGAUACUCGAAGAACCACCAUCAAGCACUUCGCUCCCCUGGAUCCUCUGAUUGCCAAGUUCGACCGGGUCGUGGAAGAUGUGGGAGGCAACCUGCUGGAGUUCAUCCGAAGCGGCAACACAUCACUGGUCGUACGACUCGCGAAAAUCAUCGAUCUCGAAGAACGAGAAGAUCUCAAGGCCACUGUUCUUCUGGAAGUGAAUGGAAAGGCCAAACAGCAAAACGGAGGUACAGGAGGAGGAUUCCGAUCUCCCCACAUGAAUGGAAACAGCAACAACAAAAACAACAGCAUGAGCGUGACUCUGGGUAACAAUGUCGCUCCUCGAUCCCCCAGGGGUUAUCCUACCUUGUUCCUUCGAGCCAUGGAAAAGUCCAUCAAGGACUCGUUUGAAGCAUGCAUUGAGUCUUUCCCCGGGGACUGCAUCACGCUGCUCGAGAACCUGGCAUGGAUUUAUACCGAUUUGGAGCUCACCCGAAUGGAAUUGGCUACUCUGGUGCCCAAACGAUGGCAGAUUUUCGACACGGUGCUCAAGUUCUACCAUGUGGAGACCCACAAUCUGCUGGAUCAGGUGCUGGCUACAGAUCCCGACGCACAGUCCAUUCUGGCUAUUCUCAACUACGUCAAAGACUACUACGACACGAUGAAAAAGGGCUUUUCCGUGUCUAAGGAGCAGCUUCAGCCCCCUCUUCUGGACGGCAAGGAGAACGAUCUGUAUGACGACUACAUGAAGCUCAUUGUCAACAAGCUCAACGAGUGGAUGGAGAACUUGGCCACCACUGAGCGCCAGGCCUUCAUCAACCGAGACAAUGCUCCUGAAAUGGACAACGACGGACGAUAUGCUCUGCAGGGUGAGGUGAUCACGUUCAAGAUGAUCACCCAGCAGAUUGAGGUUGCUGCCGACUCGCAGCAGGGCAGAAUUCUCGCUGGAGUUGUCGAGGAGUGUGGUAAUGUGCUCAAGGAGCGACAAGCAUCCUGGGAGGCCAUUAUGACCAAGGAGGUCAAGAAGGAGAUUCGAGUGGCCCAGCUGCUGCGAGACAAAAAGAAGCGAAAGGAGGCCGAAAAGGCCCUGGCCAAUGGACAAGACAUUGAUUCAGACGACGAGCUGCAAAACAAUGCCGGUCUGGUUGAUUACAUGAUCGCUCUUGCCAACGACCAGAUCCGAGGAGCCGAUUACACCGAGGCUCUGAGCUCCAAGGUGGCUCCUGUGGUGUCUCAGAAGUACUCUACCCAAAUUACCAGCACCCUGGAGACCGUUUCCGAUGGCUACGUUGCGUUUGCUAAGCUAUGUACCAACUCGCUCAUCGAGAUCAUCUUUUCAGAUCUCAAACCUGCAUUCGACAUUCUGUUCGAGACCUCGACCAUUGGUGCUUCGGCCUGGUACAAGGGCAUCCCCAUGUCUCAGAUCACAGAUACUCUGGCUGAGUACUACGGCGAUGUCCAGUCUCACAUGAACCCUCUUUUGAUUGAGGUGUUCCUUGACGAUCUUCUGGACGAGACUGUUCUUCAUUAUCUGCAGUCUCUGCGGUCCGGCAAGCACCACAAGGUGUCUCUCAAGCUGCCCAAGGCGUCGGUUCAGAUCAAGCAGGACAUUGGAAAGAUGUACGAUUUCUUCGACGAACACCAUUCGUCCCGAGAACACGUGCAGCAGGUAUUCAAGGUGUUUGAACAUCUGCUGUGGAUUCUGGAGUCGCCUAUUGAGGAGCUUGGAGAUAAAUACACACAGCUGAAGGCUGAAUUCUGGGACUGUCCUCUGUCCUUCUUUGAGGCCGUGGUUAAUGCCCGAAAGGAUAUCGACAGCAAGAUGGCCAAGGAGCUCAUCAGUGUUGUUCGUAGCGAAGCUCUUUUGGGAGGAGGACCAGAGGAGGAACUACAGCCUACUAUUAUGGGUAGAUAUGGACGAAGUUGA